AUGGAGAUCAAGGAUUUUGACGUGAUUAUCAUCGGCGGUGGCACAGCCGGAUGCGUGCUUGCCUCCCGACUCUCCAUCCGACAAGACUUGCGAGUCCUUCUACUGGAGGCUGGAAGCGAUCGUAACGACGAUGAAAAGGUCACGACACCCCUGCUCAGCCGAAGAAUGUUUGGAGAUCCGAACUAUGAUUGGUGCUCGGAAUCCUCUCCGCAGAAAGGCUUGAACGGACGUGUUUUUCAGCAUACCAGAGGCAAGAUGCUUGGAGGAAGCAGUGGAAUCAACUCCCAUAGUCUAGUAUUUCCAAACAAAGCUAUGCAUGAGGCAUGGGCCGAAAUAUCGGGAGAUGAUGGAUGGGGCUGGAAGAAGAUGAGAAACUACUACCGCGCAUUUCAGACAGAGCAGGCUCAGAGCAUUUCAAAACAGGGCCUCCGAAACGAAGGGCCUAUACAAGCAUCUUCACCGAAAGAGUUGCACAUUCUACAAAAGGCCUGGCAAGAUGUUUUCGAGGACUUGGGCGCAACAUCUGUUGCUGAUGGUCCAUCUGGAGAAGCGCUGGGGGGUUUCACAACCACCAAUGCAAUCGAUAGCCGCCCUGGCCAGGGCGUGAGAAGCUUCGCUGGGAACGCUUACCUCCAGCCGACGUUGAACCGAAAGAAUUUGGUUGUCAUUACCGGAGCAGAGGUCGAGAAGAUCGUUUUUGAGGAUGAUGCUCACGGCAAUGAGGGACGACUACGUGCGGUUGGCGUCAUCUACGAGAAAGCGCAACGAUCAUUCCUUGUCAGAGCGAACAAGGAAGUCAUCGUCUGCGCAGGCGCCGUGGGUAGCCCCAAGAUUCUUGAGCAGUCUGGAAUUGGAAACCAACAGAUUCUGGAGCCCUUGGGUAUCCAGUGUUUAGUCAACUUGCCUGGUGUUGGGGAAAAUCUUCAAGAUCAUCUCAACUUUGGACCAAGUGUCGAGGUGAGGCCUGAAAUUGCAACGAUGGACAUCUCCGUCCGAGAUCCCAAAGUUGCCGCAGCUCAACGCGCAGAGUAUGACGAGAAUAGAACUGGUCCUCUGGCAGAAGGGGCGGCGUACAGUUUCGCUCAUUGGCCCCUGCAGCUCUUCAACUCGCAAAGCGAAGAGACCGCGCUAAGGGAGCUUCUUCGACGUUCAGCUCAUGUUGGCGACGAAGCUACCAAAUUACAAUACGAAUUCAUCGACCGGAUGAUUCUAGACGACCAUGAGGCCAGCGCUACUGUAUUCACGACCAGAAUUCAAAGAUACACCAGCCGCGCCAACCCUGCCCCAGGCAACUACAUGACCAUAAUAGCUAUGCUCUCUCAUCCCUACAGUCGAGGAUCUUGUCAUAUCGAGACUCCAAACUGGCAUGAUCAACCGCAUAUAGACUGCGCUUAUCUGUCGCAUCCCCUCGACGUUGAGAUUCUCGCGCGUCAUGUUUUGCAGAUUGAAAGAUUGUGGGCCCAGGACGCGCUCAGUGGCCUACAGAGAAAGGGCGGCAACCGUCUUCCAACAGCGGCUGCACCUCAGACUAUAGAAGAGAUCAAGGAGGCUAUUCGAGGUUUCGGUGCUACGAACUAUCACCUCUGUGGCACAUGCGCAAUGAUGAAGGACGAUUUGAAAGAUGGCGUUGUGAAUGGGGAGCUUCUCGUACGAGGCACGACGAACCUUCGUGUUUGCGAUGCCAGUAUUUUCCCGAUAAUACCGCGAGGUAACAUACUGAGCACUGUUUAUGCAGUGGCGGAGAAGGCGUCUGCAUUUCUCUUGGAGACUUACAGCUCUAGACAUUGA